AUGAAAUCGAUGUUAUUUAUUUCAGCGGUAUUAUCGUUGUGUUGGCAAUGUCUAUGUCAAGGAUCUUUCAAUCCUGGAGACACGUUAUCAAAUUGUGUUCCUGCCGUUCAAACAUCAUAUUGUAAUCCGUACAGAUACUACAAAGGAUUUCGUUCCAUUGAUGGAACCUGCAACAACUACUACCGUCCAACACAAGGAGCAGCGUUCACAGGAUUAACCAGAUUACUACCUGGUGAUUAUGUUGACGGUGUUGAUACUCCUCGUGGAUUUCCUGGAACAAGUCCAGUGGUACCUACCGCCAAUCAAGUAGCAGGCGCUGUAUUUUCACUCCAAAAUCAAAAUGUGCAAAGAACCAGAGGCUUGUCAGCAAUGUUUAUGGCAUUUGGACAGUUCCUUGACCACGAUUUCGGACUGACUGAACAUCCAAGCUGCGAUGUUUCUGCUGGCGUGGGAGUAAAUAUCCAUAUUUUCUUCAGGUGUGGAUCCGUGACAGCGUUUACAUAUCCUUGUUUUCCAAUAAGAUUUCAAAGAAAUGGACAAACCUGUACGUCCUUCGCUCGCUCGUUUCCUGUUUGUCAAUCCAGAUUUGGACAACGUUCAACAAGAGAACAAAUUAACGAAGUUUCCUCAUAUAUCGACCUUUCUCAAGUAUACAGUAGCGAAUUAGAAGUUCACAAAAGCUUAAGAAGAUUAGAUGGUAAGAGAUUGUUGAGAGUGUAUCAGUUUUUUCUACGUAAUUUAGGAUCUGGUUUAAUGAAAGUUGAUCAAUCUGAUUUGUUGCCCAUAAGACUUCCAGCGUCAGAUCCUGAAUGCAAUAAUCCUGCCGGCUGCUCUCUGGUUGGUGAUCCAGCACGUGGAGAUGAAAACAUUGCAUUGAAUACCAUUCACGUUGUUUUCGUCAGAAAUCAUAACCACAUUGUGAAAAAGCUUCAAGGAGUGAGCAGAGCAGCUAGCGAGGAAUUUCUUUUCGAAACUGCAAGAAAAAUCAACAUCGCCAUUUUUCAAAAUAUAGUUUAUAACGAAUUCUUGCCAAAUAUUGUAGAUUUGAAAACUUACCGAGGGUACGAUCCAUCAGUGGAUGCCAGCAUACUUAACGUUUUCUCCACAGCAGCCUUCCGCUUUGGUCACACAUUGGUUCCUACUGCAUGGCCUCAACUCAACAGUAACUUUGACAAGGCGUUCAACGACGUCUCCCUUCAAGCUUCAUUUUUCAACACUGUUCCAAUUCGUCAGCGUGGUAUUGAACCGACAGUAUUCGGCUUACUGGCUAAUCAAUCGCAAGCAGUAGAUACGACGUUUGCGUUUGGAAUUGCACGAAGAUUAUUCGUACCAGUUGGAGAAAACCGGCACAAUGAUUUGACAGCACUAAAUAUCCAAAGAGCUAGAGAUCAUGGAAUACCAACCUACGGCGCUUGGAGGCAAAUAUGCAACUUAAAACCUGUGUUCUCGUUUUCCGAUUUGAGAGGAGAAAUGUCAGACGAAGUAAUUUCGAGACUCCAAACGGUGUACAGUAACCCGAACGAUAUCGACAUAUUUGCUGCUGGUAUGGCUGAAAAUCUGGCCAAUGGAAAGAUGUUGGGACCAACCUUCCAAUGUAUUCAAAAAAUACAAUUCGAAAGAUUAAGAGAUGGCGACAACUACUAUUUCGAAAAACCUGGUAUGUUCACAUACGCACAGAAGGAGCAAAUCAAGAAAGUGAAAAUGGCAAGAGUGUUAUGCGACACGUUGAAUGGUAUCGUUUCUGUUCAGGAGGAUGUAUUUCAAGCUGCGAGAUCUUCCACAAUACGAAAGGAAUGUGGUAGUAUACCAGAUAUUGAAUACAGUGCUUGGUUCAAUUAUUAUCAAGGUCAUUUUUAUUAAAAAAGGUUGUAAUCCCGAUGUGAUAUCAUAAUAUAACCAGUAAUUUCCAAUUAUCGAUUCUUUUUUGUUUCAGUUUUAUUGAUUUCCGCCGACCGCUACGCGAGGCGGAAUUUUUAAAAUUGCAUUGAGGGAGAGAUACAGAGAGCGUAGCUAGGCUGGAUGUACGGGGUUGUGAUAUUUAGGCUAAAACAUUUGCGUGGACCCUGGCCAUUGUUUUUUUUUGUUACUGAAAAGCCAAUGGAAAAGCUUCGUUUCGUUUACAACUAAUAAGAAGACAGAUUGUAAAUAAUCUGAUUUUCACGACUAUAUAUAAAGCAAUCUAUAUUGUUCAUAGGUCAGGUCAGCUAUUUGAGCCUAUCAACAGCCUAUAAAGUUCAAAAAUUAGGUACACAUCCUGAAGAUUGCUUACUUAUGAUUGUUAUAGCUAGUGUGCCUAAUUUACGGCCAACAGGACCUCGAUCAAAUUUUAUUUGUAAAAAAAAUUAUUUUUUCAAUACGCUCCCAGACAGUGAAGAUUUGCCUAUGCAAAUUCUAUCUGACAAAGUUAGCAAAGUUGAGCCUCUGCAUCAAGAGGUUCUGAGAUUUCUCAUUUGGAUUUGAGUGGAUAAUAAUUACGUUUUUACUUUGGUCAAAUUAAAUAAAGCUAGAAAAAAGGUUCAUCUUCUCCUUCUGUUAAAUUAGAAAAGUUUUUAGAGAAUAAAAAUGAUGUGUAGUUGAUACUAUUUCCUGUUAUUUGGAUAGGAAAAGCAUGACGAGAUACUCCACAGUUGUUGUUUACACUUUAAACCCCCACAAUGCAAUUGUUUCAUCCACUGUAGUAAAGUGGAUUAAAUCUGUCUUGAAGAAAGUAGGUAUUAUUAUCACAGUUUGUUUUACCACACCAUCCCCUUCUACCUUAAGACACAAGGGAUAGUUUCCAAUUCAGGUAAAACAAUAUGUAUUAUCAAAAACCUGUUAUGUCUACAUCUUAUGUUUUACUAGCGUUCAAUAGAAUUAGGUGACGCUUUGAGUUGAGGAUGUGUGGGAAUCGUAAAGCCGCACUGCUACAGGGAAUAGAUGACUCAGCAUUAUAUUGACGAAAAUUUUAUGACAUAAAAUUCCCCAAUUACUUAGUGUGCGUAGCGCCACAAUAUUAUUGAGAUUUCAGGAAAAAAAUUGAAGAAAUACUUUAAUUGGGGAAUAUGCAACAAGCAUGUUUAUUCGACAAAACACCUCAAAAAUUCAUGGAUUAUUCCUUUGUAAUGUUUAUGUAUGUUAUUUAAAAUCAAACAAGGUAAUUUGAGUGAUAUUUUAGAAGAUUCAUAAUAUUAAAAUAUUUUGUUUUAAUUACAUUUUUAACGAAAUUC